AUGGCAAUGUAUGCAUAUGUCUUACGGUUCCUCUGCUUCAUUUUGUUCUCCUUUUCCUUCAUUCUCUUGUUCUCCAUUCAUGUGGUUCUGUCUGAACUCCCUGAAAACCAGAAGAACGCCAUGAAAAAGCUCUCCAUUUAUCUCAAUGAAGCUGAUCCAAAUCCAUGUUCAUGGAAAGGAGUUACCUGCAGCAACAACAAUCAAUCCAUCACCCAUCUCUCUUUUCCCUCUUCGAAACUCUCAAACUCUAAUUUUCUACCUGAUUUAUGCCAAAUUGAUACUUUAGAGUCCCUUGAUGUCUCCGGAAAUUCUUUGACAAACAUCCCUGAUGAGUUUGUCAGAGACUGUGGAGGGACUAAUGGGCUAAAGAAAAUGAAUUUCAGUAUGAACAGGUUGUCUGGUCUUUUGCCUACUUUUGGGGGUUUUGGUGGGUUACAGUACUUGGACUUGUCUUUUAAUUUUUUUGCUGGAAGUAUUGAUUCUCAAUUAAAUGGGUUGAUUGGAAUCAGAAGCUUGAACCUGAGCUUCAACCAGUUCAUUGGCUCAGUCCCUACCCAACUUGGUAAAGCCAUGGUUUUGGAAGAGUUGGAGCUCGCGAACAACUACUUUAAAGGUCAAAUCCCUGAAGAUCUCAUGAAUUACACAUCUCUAGUUCUGCUUGAUCUCAGUAGUAAUCAGCUUUCUGGGUCAUUUUCUGAUAGGAUAGGACAGCUCUCCAAGUUGGAAACCCUCCUCCUGUUCUCCAAUAAUCUUAUUGGAAGAAUUCUUGAGAAUCUUUCAAGAUAUCUGAGGAAUUUGGACCUUAGUUACAACAACUUAAGUGGUUCAAUCCCAUCAAACUUUCUGUCACCACCAAAUUUGAAGUAUGUUGAUCUGUCUCAUAAUUCAUUGGAAGGGCGGAUUCCGUCGAACAUUUCACAGAGUUUGAUUCGAUUGAGACUUGGGAGCAAUUCUCUUGAUGGUCCCAUCCCUUCUCUAGCCGAUGGAAAGCUUUCGCAGUUGACUUAUCUCGAGCUCGAUAACAAUAGACUAACUGGGUUAGUUCCACCAUAA